AAACGUCGUAAAAACACAUAGAAGAAGAACUUCAGAGAAUGGCGCUGUCCUGUUCAAGAUUCUCUAGUUAUUUAUCUUUGGUCCGACUGAGUUGUUUUAGGAAAUACGGGCCGCCAAAUGGUCAGUAUUCUCGCUUCGUUGCCUGUCCGUUCAGGUUGUCCACAUCUAGACAUUACUCAUCAUCCACAGACAGACAUGGUAUUGGUCGAUAUGUUGCAUCCAGACUUCAGUAUGCAAACAACAAAUACGAAGGUUUCCUCAAAAGACGAUUUCCUAAUUUUUAUCAGCUUCAUCACAUUUUUAUAGAAGGAUUUAAGCUACUUUUUCAUGAUACCAAAGAUGUGUGGAGAAUAAGAGCAAAGAUGCUGUGUCAUGGAAUACAGUUCCAGGAUUUACCCUACAGGGAAAUGGAGAAACUCAGACAGUUUCACAGAAACCUGAUCAAAGCCAUCCCACUGCUGAUGAUAUCCAUACCUCCUUUUGCAAACUUCUUGGUUUUUGUCUUGAUGUACCUUUUCCCGCGUCAGCUCCUGAUCCCUCAUUUCUGGACUCCGAGGCAGCAGGUAGAGUUUCGGGGAGUAUAUCACUCCUUCAGAGCUCAACACCACCAGCCAGUGCUCAGAGGGCUCGAGGACAUGAGCCAGCAGGUCAAAGACGUCCGACUUAAUGACCUGUGCACUAAAGUACAGCGUGGAGGACACCCCAAAGUGUCAGAGAUCAUCGCUGUUCGAAGUCUGUUCUCUCGACCUCCACUGGGUAUAAAGAGAAUGAACGUGGACCAAAUGAGGCAUAUGUGCCGCCUGCUCUUCUUGACGCCUCACCUCCCAGGGUUUCUGAUUGGCCGAAGGUUAAAAAGCCACGUGCUGGAGCUGCUCCUGUUGGACCGCGCCCUCAUGAGGCUCCGCCCUCAGCAGCUGACUGAGUCAGAACUCAAACAGGCUUGUUAUGUCAGAGGCCUCAAUUCUGAUGGGCUGAACCUUAACCAGUGCCACGAGUGGUUAUCCCAGUGGCUUCAGGUGUCGACUUCACUAAAAGAAUCUGAGGUGUCGCUGCUGUUGUACAACCUUGUAUUGCUUUCUGUCAACUACCCAAACAGCUCCAGCCCUCACUGACAAAUCUGAAGCUAACUGUUUUGUUUCAUAUAAGAGGCAAAAACAAAUUACAGCUGCUCUUGUCAAUAUCUUUUUUUUUUUUUUCAGAUCUCAAGUCAGGUCCACAAUAAAAUGUUCUGUGUCUGUUCUGGAAACUUUAGAAUAAUCUUGUUUGCAGACAGCAAAAACUUUAAUUACCAACAACAUUCAGAGGAAGUGACAAUAACCAAUACCACCAAACAAGAAAGACAACCAGUUACUUGAACAUUAUUAGAGUAAAGUCACUUUUAUUGGGGAUGUAAAUUCAAUUUAUUUUCAUUGAUAUAGCGCACAUCACAACAAAGUUGCCUCAAGGGACUUCACACAAGUAAGGUCUAACCUACCAACUUUAAAAGAAGAGCUUGGUUUGUGUAUUGUUUCAGAAAAUAUAUAGUAGUACCUCAUAAGAGACUGAAGUUGGGAUGCACUGAUUAAUAUCCACUGAAGCGUGGCAAAAUGCAGCUUGCAGCCGCUUUAUAUGUUGGCAGAACCAACAAGUUUCAUAUUCCUUCUUUAAAAUGUAGACACUGACCAGCAUUUUCAAACAUUUGAUACUUGUUAACUGGCACACCCUCUUGUGCUGGUCAGACCACACGUUGCACAAUGUUAUUUUUGUUUGGGGGGGGGGGUGGCGCAGCAGAAUGUCAGUACAAAGAGGAAGUGCACACCACUUUUGCAGGUGUAAUACAAAAGGUAAAAUGUGUUACUUCCUGUGCGCAAUACACUUGAAAUGUGAGUUGCAAACAUUCUGUUGAAUGAAUAUGAAUCUUCUGAAAUAUGUUGACUUUUGAAUAUUGUAUUGCUCCGCCAAUAACAUGUGGGCCUGUGUCUGAAAUAAAUACUGAAAUUAUUUGAAGAUUUAAAAAGCAUUUGUCAUUGACUUUACAUUUCAGUUAAAGUCAAAUGUAAAUGUAAAGGGUCUUUAUUUAUAAAAUAGAUACUGGGUACCAGCAAGAUAACAAUUCAGGUCAAAUAGAUUCAAAGUUUAUAACAGUACAAAGAAAGUAAAAGAUGUUAGAAUUCCUCAAAACCAAUAAGAUA